UGUGACCGGCGGAGUCGGCUGCUCCUAGUCGCUUUCCAACCGCGAACUGGAGGCGAGCGCGCGCAGUCAAAACACGGGCCGCUCUGCCGGCGAAGUGGGGCGCCGGCGUCGGAUGCCUGCGUUACGCCACGCCGGUGCUGCUGUUGAGGCCUGGGCGCCUCUGGAAGCGGUGACAGGGAGAGUGAGAGCGCCGGACUCGAGCGACAGAUCAGGAGGAGGUGAGGAGGGGACCGGCAGAGCAAGCAGUAUGUUUUUGACUGCAGAAACGGGGAACUGGAAGACUGCUUAUUACCUGUAUUAAAAUGGAUUAUUUAUUACUAGAGUAAAUAAGGUGCUGACAACUGUUCUUCAGCUUCUGUAUCUACAUAAAAAUGAGUGAAGUACAGGCAAUGGUAGAAUUCUCCGUGGAACUCCACAAAUUUUAUAACGUGGAUUUGUUUCAAAGAGGCUUUUACCAGAUUCGUGUAUCUAUGAAAAUUCCUCCAAGAAUUCCACACAAAAUUGAAGCAAGCUUAUUACGUGCAACCAGUGCAGAUCUUGCUUUCCCAGCGUCAGUCCAUGACAAUGUAAUCUGCAGUAAGACUUUUCAAAUUCUCUACAAAAAUGAGGAGGUGGCUGUGAAUGAUGUCAUGAUCUUCAAAAUUAAAAUGCUGUUGGAUGAAAGGAAGAUUGAAGAGUCUCUUAACGAAAUGAAUUUCCUGCUCUCUUUAGAUCUACACUUCACAGAUACAGAUUAUUCGCCAGAGGACCUGAGCACAUUGCAGCUAAUUAGCAGCCGAACACUAAAGUUGCACUUUACCUUACACCGAGGCCUUCAUCACUAUGUCAACGUUAUGUUUGAUUACUUUCACCUCUCUGUCAUCUCUGUUGUAGUCCAUGCCUCUUUAGUUGCUCUUCACCAACCAUUGAUAAGCUUUCCUCGUCCAGUCAAGAAUACUUGGCUAAACAGAAAUGCACCACCACAGAACAGAGACUCUGUGAUUCCUUCUCUUGAGAGUGUUGUCUUUGGCAACAAUUACAGCAAGCAGUUGUCAGCAGAUGGCUGCAGUUUUAUAAUAGCAGAGCCUUUCUUGAAUCACGCUUACAAUCUCCACCGUACACUUUGUGCCAGUUUGCUGCUUGCGUUCAAAGGAUUACACAGCUAUUUCACUAUUUUAUCAAAAGAGCUGCCUUCCUGUCUGAAAUUAGAUGCAGCCAAGUCCAGCAUGCAGGUCCUUUAUGAACGCCUACUCAGAAGAAAAUAUCUACGAAUCCAGGGAGACGCCUAUCUAGAUAACAUAGAUGUAGAUGUAGAAGCACGCCUGUCAGAACUUUGUGAAGAAAUAAAGAAAAUGGAAAAUCCUGAUGAACUGGCAGAACUUAUAAAUAUGAAUCUUGCGCAGCUUUGUUCACUUUUGAUGGCUUUGUGGGGACAAUUUCUCGAGGCCAUUAACUUUCAAGAGGAUGUCACUGCAUUGCUGGCACAAGAACAUCAUACGAUGCGUGUGCAUAGAUUUUCUGAAGCAUUUUUUUGUCUUGAACAUCCAAGGGAAGCAGCCCUUGCAUAUCAAGAACUACAUGCCCAGAGUUACCUUCAGAUGUCAACUGCAAUAAAAAGCACCUCCUUCUGUAGUUCUCUUCCACCUCUCCCAAUUGAAUGCAGUGAAUUAGAUGGAGAUCUGAACUCCUUGCCUAUAAUCUUCGAAGAUCGGUAUCUAGAUUCUGUCACUGAAGAGAUGGAUGUACCCUGGUCGACAGCUCAUCAGAAGUCUGAAUCUAAGAAACCAGAUAAACAAGAUACCGAAGAAAAUUUUAUGGCUGGCUUUUCGAGCCCGGAGUUGAAAAAUAAAGCUUUACUUCCCUCCCAUACUUGGCAGUCAGAAAGUGAAAAGCAGUUCACAAAGUCUGCAAAAGGAAAAUGUGAAGAUGCAAACAAAUCCAAAGUUAAGGUUACCAAAUUGAUGAAAACAAUGAAACCUGAACAUCCCAAAAAAAUAGUAAAACAAAAUUCUAAGGACUCUGUAGUCUUGGUAGGCUACAAAUGCUUGAAAAGUACAGCGCUGGAGGACAUCUCUAAAUGCUUUGAAGGCAUGCCUUCAGGUAACCAGAAGGAAGGGCUGGAUUCUACAGCUGGUGGGCAUACUUGCGAUGCAAAGAAUUUCAUACGACAGAUCAGUCAAAAAGAAUUUAGAGAUUUACCAUCUAGAACUGAACAAAGAAUUACCAAACUGGAAGGGAAUGAGGAAAGCCAGUGUAGCCCUGUCAUCUCUCAAUGUUCAAAUUCAAUCAUUUUUGGUAAAUCUGAUAUUGCACCAACAGGCGUUGGGGGUACUCAUUGGGAAAGCUGUUUGAUGCCCAGAAGUACUGUUGAAGAUCGUACUGGUUCAUCAGGAGUUACAAAAAUAGAAGUUAAACCAUAUUGUAAGAAUAUUUAUGGGGGAGAGAAAGUGUUUGUUCGUAUUGGAUCACGGACAGACGUUUUACGAAGUGGAGCAUCUGGAGAGAACUUACAGGAAGCCACUGUUAAAAGUUCAGAGUCUGAAAAGAGACCAAAAUCAGAGGAAGAGGAACAACUGCUUGAAAAGGACAUUGUGCAAGAAGCAGACUUCCAACAUACUGAAGAUUCCUUGGCAAAGGUCACAGCUAACCAGUCCACACUGCCAUCAAAAGAAACUCCUGUUGGAGUUUUAAGUGGAGACAUACUUAAGUUGCCUGAUGUUAGUGUUACCUACGCAUCAUCUCGGUUUUCAGAUUCUGGUGUAGAAAGUGAACCAAGUUCUUUUGCAAUGCACCUAAGUACAGAUGUGGCUUUUGAAACACCUCAGGGCCAAAGUGCAUGCAGCAGUGAAAGAAUACUUCCUCAGCUUUUGUUAAAACCAGACUACAAUAUUAAAAACCCAGUAGAGACUCACUGUACUGAGAGUACAAGUGCUGUCAGUGAAAUACAAUCCUCUCUGACAUCGAUAAACUCUCUCCCUUCUGACGAUGAUCUGUCCCCUGAUGAAAACUCAAAGAUAUCUGUUGUGCCUGAAUGCCAGUUAAGUGACAGCAAAACUGUAUUAGACCUCGGAGCAAUUGACUUGACAAAAUGUGAUGACAAUGAAGAAACAAAGGUUUUACCAGAACAGUGUGUAGUAUGUUCGGAACAGUCAGACAAUGAAACUAUGUUUCUGCCGUCCUUGCCCUCAGCUAUAAAAGGUCCUUUACAACUACUUUCAGAUGAAGAUACAUCUACAGAUGUAUCUUACAAUCCACUAUUGAACAUUGGCACAGUUUGUAAAGAUUCCCAAAGACUGAAGAAAGACUUGCAUACUAUAGAAAAAGCAACUGAAAUUCCUUCAGAAGUUGUUUAUCUAGGGGAGUCCUGUGUUGUAUCAGGUUCAGUAUCUACUUAUGCUGAGGGGGAUGUAAAGAAGCCAAGUGAAGGAAGUUUUAGUGAAUCAGAGGAAAAACAAAUGGCGGAUAAAUUGUCAACUACAAAAAGUGAAAAUCUCACAAGUUUGAGUAUCCUCUCAUCAGAGGGAAGUACUGAUAUGCUGAAGCAAGGACUUGUGGAAAACUACUUUGGCUAUCAAAGCUGUGCAGAUAUUUCCAAUAUAUAUUCUGCUGACAAUAGCAAUACUGUUAGCCCCCAAAGGGGAACAAUCUGUUCUGUUUCAACAGAGGAUGAUGAUGAGCAAGAGCAAGACAUGGUUGAAAAUGGUUAUUUUGAGGAAGCAGAUGAUAAUAAUUUAUAUGGUGCUACAAAUGAUUCUGAUGAGAGUUUGCGGUUAAUCAGUGAGACAGCUUUGAGAACAGAAAUAAUUACUAGUGACCUUUUUGGGGAUGUGACAAAUAUGACUCCACUGUGUAGUCCAGGUAGUUUGGUUUUCCCCUCUACAUUGAAAGGAUAUUCAUGUAGUGUGUUAUGGUCUUCAAAGGACAAAUCUAAUGCAGUUCUCAAGCAGCCCUGCAGUGUGUCCUGCAGUACAGCUUCAUCUGUCCCCUGGUAUGAAUACUCCCCCAAACCUCAAAUGCUGGCAUUCAUUCAAGCUAAAGAGGAACUUAAACAACUUCAGCUCCCUGGAUUUAUGUAUAGUGAUGUUCACAGCCUGGCAUCUUCAGUACCAUAUUUCAGCACAGAAGAGGAGGAAAGUGCAGAAGAUGGAAUACAUCUCAUAGUCUGUGUGCAUGGCCUAGAUGGUAACAGUGCAGACUUAAGAUUAGUAAAGACUUACAUUGAACUUGGCCUUCCAGGAAGUCGUAUAGAUUUUUUAAUGUCUGAAAGAAAUCAGAAUGAUACAUUUGCUGAUUUUGAUUCGAUGACAGAUCGCCUUUUGGAUGAAAUAAUACAAUAUAUUCAAAUUUACAACCUAACAAUUUCAAAAAUCAGUUUUAUUGGGCAUUCAUUAGGCAACUUGAUAAUCCGUUCAGUACUUACAAGACCCAGGUUUAAAUUUUACCUCGGCAAACUUUAUACCUUUCUGUCUCUGUCUGGACCUCAUCUUGGUACACUCUACAACAGCAGUGCUCUUGUUAAUACAGGUCUGUGGUUUAUGCAGAAGUGGAAAAAGUCAGGGUCUUUGUUGCAAUUGACCUGUCGAGAUCAUUCAGACCCCCGGCAAACCUUCUUGUACAAACUUAGUAGAAAGGCAGGUCUUCAAUAUUUCAAAAACAUAGUAUUAGUAGGAUCUCUGCAAGAUCGUUACGUCCCUUAUCAUUCUGCUCGCAUUGAAAUGUGUAAAACAGCUUUGAAGGAUAAACAGACAGGUCCAAUAUAUGCUGAAAUGAUCCAGAAUCUUCUUCUGCCUGUACUUCAAAAUAAGGAAUGCAAUUUGGUUCGUUAUAAUGUACAUUGUGUAUUGCCAAACACAGCUGAUUCUCUCAUUGGAAGAGCUGCACACAUUGCUGUUCUGGAUUCAGACAUAUUUUUGGAAAAGUUUUUUCUGGUUGCUGCCCUAAAAUAUUUCCAAUAGAAAUAAAAACAUUGUAACAAACCUGGUUAUUACCUCAUUAACAGAUGAAUAAAAUAAUGUGUGAUAUUAAACUAUAGCUGCCGCUGUAUUUUAAGAGAUAUUUAUACUUUUUUAUAUGGAAGAUAAUUUAUAUCAUCCAUGUGAAGAGCUUUUUUAACAUCAACUUUACUUUCUAGGUAAUGUGGCUGUGCAAUAUUUUUUUUAAAUGUUUGUUUUUACUUUUUUCUAUUUUUCUUAUUUUGGGUACCUGAUAAUUUCAGAACUGAGAUUUAAGCACAGUUAUGUAUAGUUGGUGGGUUUAUUGGCUCUUAGACUGCAAAAGUCAAUGUUAUUUGACUCCAUUUUUAAGUGUCUUUGGAUGCCAAAAACAAAUCCGAAUUUUAAAAAAUCUAAAAAGAUAUUAAAUUUGAUAGUUCUAUUUAGUAUUGUAGGAAGUUGAACUGGAAAAAAAACCUGUUGGCUGCUAAAAUAACUACGAUAACUGUAGGUCUGUUUAAGACCACUCUUGAGUCACCUAUUUGUUAUAUCACUACAUUCUAACCGUUUUCUAUAGAAUCAUUACUGAACAUGCUAUGCCUGUGGAAACUACAUUUUUCUACUGAACUCAAUAGCAUGUUGGUUUACAUUUUCAUCUUUAUUACUGGAACUUCAGUUUUCAUAAGCAAGCAGCAAUUAAGGAUUUUGAAUGUUGAAAUGUGAGCUGUCUUCAAAUGGAAUUUUGCAAAGUUUAAUAAAAUUGCUCUUACUGUCGGUUCAGUUCUUCUGUGAACUUUUUACAUGGGA